UGGUGGAUCAGCUGUUUUCGUUUUUCGUGCGAAAUUAUUUGUUUCUAUAACGACGUACUGUUAUGGUUUCAUAGCCAUGUAUGAAUUAAAAUGGGUUCAAUCGCAUCUGUGCUGCAGUGGCAUUGUCAGUCGUGUGGUCAAAUUAACCCUACAGAGAGUGUAAAGUGCUUAAAAUGUGGUACAAAGAGAGUCUCGGGUCAUGACAGUGAAGUUCGAAAACAAUAUUAUACGGGAGAUUCCUCCUCCGAAUACGCCUCUCGCACUGAAAAAAGCGGCGGAACGACACCCGGCUCGGAGGCUAUUGUUAUACCGACGACAAAUAAUUUCAAAAGUGGAUGGUCGUGCGUGGGGUCGGCGCCGCUCGCCACCCGCGCCUGGCGCUGCAGCUGCGGCCUGCGGAACGUGUCAGCCUCAUGGCGGUGUGCGGCCUGCGAUGUCAUUGCUCCCCAUGCUCCUGUCUACAGAUUUUCCGAUGACGAGGAUCAGUCUACAGGGAUGACUGAUAAGGAUAAGUCUGAUAAAGACGACAGCAUGAUAAGAUCAAACACUCUGGCAGUCCCGUCGUACAAGCCCUCGUCCCGCCUGUCCAACGACCGGCGCCUCAACCUCGACGUGCAGUCGCUGCGGCUGUCGCCCACGCAGCUGGCCGACACCGCGCACGGCGUCACGCGCUCCCUGUCCCACGGCUCCGUGCUCGCCCCGCCCCGCUGGUGGGACGCCGAGCCCCGCCCCCCCGCCGGCCCCCCCGGCGCCAUCAGCCGCCCCGCCACGCUCAUGGUCGCCGAGCGCUACGGCACAGCUCGCAACCCGCGCGAGUCCUUCCUGCGCAGCCUGCACACCGUCACCCGCCGCCCCAAAAAGUGCCCCGAGAGCGGCUCGAACUGGGAGCUCGACUACGUCAAGGAGUACCAGCGCGAGCAGAGCCGCGGCCUCCACCUCGAGAAGUGGUCGUGCAGCAGGUGCACGCUCGAGAACUCCGGCGUCCGGACCCACUGCGAGGCGUGCCUGUCGCCCCGCGCCUCCCCCCUGGCCCGCAUCCCCAACGCCCGCGGCCUCAGUGUCACCACCCUCGGCCGCCACGAGACGCUCGGCGGGCGCGACGGCGCCGUCUCCCUGCCCUCGUCCGGGGGGGUCAUGAUCACCGUGAGGGACUGGCCCCAGACCGGCCCGGGCUCCGCGGCCCACUCGAGGUCCAUCAGCGCGCAGAACUCGCCGGAGACACGCCCGACCUACCGCCGGUCCUUCUCCGAGCAGAACGACGACAACCGGCCGAUCGGCAAGGUCGUGUCGAGCCGGCGCAGCCUGAACGAGUACCGGCGGUCGCUCGCCGGCUCCUGCGAGUCGCCCCCAAGGGCGGAGGAUAAGCGGGACGAGACGCACCUGGAGUCCAUCGACAAGGAGUGCAGCUGGGACACGAACGCGGAGGGUGUGAUCUACGCGUUGCCUAACAAGGGGCGGUACAAGGACCGCAACCUACAGCUGCAGGUGAACACGGGCGGCACGCGCUACUCGUACGUGUCGGUGGCGGACGCCAGCGCUGCCGUCAGCAACUCGCACAACGAGGCGCUGUACGCCAACGACGUCGACGACGACUACGCGCGCAUCGACGAGCUGCUCGGCGCCGAGAACUGCGUCUCGCCCGAGGUGCUGCCGACCACGCACAUCGGCGCGCCCAAGGACAAGGUCUACAACAUGCUGCCCUCCGUCGGCAAGGUGUCGCACAACCCGCGGGAACCGACUAAAGUGCCUUCUCAACAACAAAACUCUACGGGCGCGGGUGCGGGCGCGGCGCGCAUGUGGCAGUGCAGCGAGUGCUGGUUCGCGUACAACGCGUGGGGCGCGCGCUGUGACGUGUGCCGCAGCGCGCGCCCGCCGCACGCCGUCACGCUGGCGCCGCCGCCGCCGCGCACGAGGAACAACUCAUCAUCAGAAGCGAGCGGCACAAAGCCGGAGCCGAACCGCAACGAGCCGCCCAAGAAACUGACGGUGCCCAUCGCGUCGCUCGACCACGAUCUCAACAGCGAUGAACUGCUGUUUGCAGUCGAAUCGACACCGGCACCAGCACUGGAGACGUGGUCGUGCGAGCGCUGCACGCUCGUUAACGACAGCGCGGCCGCCGCAUGCGCCGCGUGCGCAGGUUCCCGCCCUAAUACCGACAACUACUGGUCGUGCGGUUCGUGUACGCUGCGCAACCCGCUGUCGGCGCCGCUGUGUCUGGCGUGCAAGACGCCGCCCGUGCCCAAGCACGCCGUGCCUACCACUAACGACAAUCAAGUUGCUGGUCGGAGCCCGUCGCCGCGGCGCUCGCGACACACGCCGGCUCUGCCCCGCCGCGGCUCCAGGCACAAAAGCCCGCCGCCCGAUACCAACAGCGAGAACGUGGAGUGGUCGUGCGGCGAGUGCACGUUCGUGAACAGCGGCAGUGUGGGCGCGUGUGACAUGUGCGCCACGGCGCGCCCGCAACUCCUGCCCGCCGCCCCGCCCCCGCGUGCCAUAGACCUCUCACCGGACGGUUCAGACAGCGAGCGGCAGGAGAGCACGCCGAUGGAGAUCCUGCGGAUACGGGAAGACAGCCACGCGUGGACGCAGUGGCAGGAGGUGCUCGCUCAGUGCGCCGCUACUGGUGAGAUGUACGUAGAUGAGUCGUUUCCGGCGUCCGCGCGGUCUCUCUACUACGGCGGCUCGGGAUCGGGCGCGGAGGGCGGGGCUGCGGCGCGCUGGCUCCGCCCACACCAGAUACACGUGGACGCAGACCACCGUUUGCCGUGGCAGGUGUUCCGUGACCCCCGACCGUCGGAUAUAUCGCAAGGCGUGCUAGGCAACUGCUGGCUGCUAUCUGCGCUCGCGGUGUUAGCGGAGCGGUCGGCGUUGGUUCGCUCUGUGGUACUGCGCGCCGAGCCCGCUCGCGGCGCGUACCAGUUGCGGCUCUGCAAGGACGGCCGCUGGCUGACAGUGACCGUCGAUGAUCUGCUGCCUUGCAAUAAGAAGGGACAUUUGGUGUACUCGCAGGCAAAAAGGAAACAAUUAUGGGUGCCGUUGAUAGAAAAGGCUGUUGCUAAAUUGCACGGCUGCUACGAGGCGUUGGUAUCCGGUAGAGCGAUAGAAGGUCUGUGCACGCUGACGGGCGCGCCGUGCGAGUCGGUGUCGCUGCAGGCGGGUGGUGCGGGCGGCGGCGGCGCGGGGGGCGGGGCGCCGCUCGAGCAGCUCGACCGCGACCUGGUGUGGGCGCAGCUGCUGUCCUCGCGCCAGGCCUGCUUCCUGAUGGGGGCCAGCUGCGGCGGCGGCAACAUGAAGGUGGACGAAGAAGAAUACCAGCGUCUCGGCUUACGUCCCCGUCACGCGUACUCCGUACUCGACGUGGUGGAGGUGGCGGGCGCACGGCCACUGCGGCUGCUGCGCCUGCGCAACCCCUGGGGUCACUACACAUGGCGCGGCGCGUGGGCCAACAACUGUCCGCGCUGGACGGACGCGCUGCGCCGCGCGCUGCCCGCAGCCCCGCCCUCCUCGCCGACAGAUGACGACCACGGCGUCUUCUGGAUUAGUUUCGAUGAUGUACUCAAAUACUUCGACUGCAUCGACAUCUGCAAGGUGCGCGCGGGGUGGCACGAGGUGCGGCUGGCGGGGAUCCUGCCGCCGCUGUCCUCCCCCCGCCACCUCACCUGCCUGCUGCUCACCGCCGCGCAGCCCACCGAGGUCGACUUCACGCUCUUCCAGGAGGGCCAGAGGAACUCGGCGAAGAGUCAGCGGUCGCAGUUGGACUUAUGCGUGGUGGUGUUCCGCACCAAGUCGGGGCCCAGCGCGCAGGUCGGCAAGCUCGUCGCGCACAGCAAGAGACAGGUCCGAGGCUUCGUAGGCUGCCACAAGAUGCUCGAAAAGGGCUUCUACCUAGUCGUCUGUCUGGCGUUCAACCACUGGCACACUGGCUUGGAGCUCAACGACCCUAGCGCCUGGCCGCGUCAUGUGUUAGCGGCGCAUUCGUCAAAGCCGCUGGCGGUGGAGCGCCCGCCCUUACAUCCGCAUCUGCUGGCUGAUGCGAUAAUAGGACUGACGCUGGCGAGGGGACAGCGACACGAGGGAAGGCAGGGCAUGACGGCGUAUUAUUUGACGAAGGGCUGGGCGGGUCUGGUGGUGAUGGUGGAGAACCGGCACACGGACAAGUGGAUCCACGUGAAGUGCGACUGCCAGGAGAGCUACAACGUCGUGUCCACGCGCGGCGAACUCAAAACCAUCGACUCCGUGCCGCCGCUGCACAGGCAAGUAAUAAUAGUGCUGACGCAGCUGGAGGGCAGUGGCGGGUUCUCUAUCGCCCACCGACUAACGCAUAGACUCGCCGCCGGCGCACGACUGCAGGACUGGGCGCCGCGCGCGGACCGCGAGCCGCGCCACCGGCCGCCGCUCGCACGCCGUCUCGCCGGUCUACACGCGCCACGCCUCAUCACGUAGCCGCCAGAGUGAGACGACCGAUAUGCGAGUGAGAUGGAAGAUGAGCAGCGUGACGAAUGUAUAUCAGUUUAGCUGGGGUUCGAGUGAAUUUUGUAUAUUACGGUAAAAUCAACAGAUUUUUAUAUUUGUCAUGAUCAAAAUGUUUUCAUAAAGUUUAAAACGUGAUUCCACUUGAGUACACCAAUAUAGAAUGUUUGUAACUGUGGUUCCCAAAAUGUAGACUGUAGCUUCUUGCUAGUCGUGUCUGAAGUAACUGGCGAAUCUCAAAAUGUAUUAUGAUAACUUGUAAUAAUAGUGAGAUGCAGUGAUAAAAUUUGGUAGUGAACAAUAUGAGAAUAAUUUUAUAUGUGGCUCGACAUUUACAAAUUGAAGGAAAGUUCCUAAGGGUCAAACUGAUGAAAUAUAACAUUUUUAAAUGUAUAGAAUAAUAUGAUGAAUGUUUAACUCAAACGGUUAGGAACUUUUAACAUGCAUACUGCCCUUUUUGCCCUUUUUAUAAACGCGACGGUUUUAUUUGUAAACGUCGUCGACGAAUUGAAAUUGAUAGGGUAGUUUAGUUUCAGGGGUGUCAUUAUAAAAUGGUGUAUCAAUAAAAAGACGAAAUUCUCGUUUGGAUGAAGGUAAUACGUAAAAUUCGUCCUACUUGUCACAAAAUGUUUGUCAAUGUGAAGAGGGGUGACGUAAAAUUGUAAAUCGCUUGUAUUCAACCUCGUAUUAUAUUUGGUUGUAGCGGUCUGCACUAGCGACGAGCACAAUCUGUCGCCGCAGCGAUGUCGCUAGUGUGUGCCGACCCUAACGUGUGAUGCACGACGCAUUCCAUUAUAUUUGUUUUAGUCAUCACGUCGAUGAGAUGUAUUUUUGUACUCGAUAUUCUUGCCAUUAAUUUAAGUUUAUUUUGUAUUAUAUUUUGGCCUAACUUAUCUGUGCAAUAUUUUUGAUGCAAUCACAUUUAUAUAAUCACAUUUUUAAUAUAUUUGUGUUUUUUUGUGUAAGUUGUCGCAGAAUUGUAGAAUUUGAUGGUGGUCGCAACAAGAAAAACGCUUGAAUAUUGUUUCAUACGAAUACAAAACAAUGUUCAAGUGUUUUUGGUUUGUUAUGGACCUGUGUACAUUGUAUAUGCACAUAAUGUGCUCAAAGCAAAGACAUGUAACGUAAAGUAUACGGCAGUUGGUAUGGCAUGCGCAAGCCCUCGCAAACUCAAAAUAUACUUUUGUAAUAUUGUGUUUGUGUAUAUAUUAUUUUUGUGAUAUAAUGCUUAUUAACUAGCAUUAUGUGACUGUAUUGUUAUACGAAACUUGUCAGUUUAUUCUUCAAACUUUAAAUACAAAUAAAUGUUUUAUUUCAAAAUUAAUUCUGUAUUACUAUAAACUGACAAUUUUUUAGCUAAUACUUAUGUUUUCGAGGUGAAUUUG